UAUUUUUUCCAUGUGUAUUUUGCAAACUGUGAGCAAUGCUGGUAGAUUACGGGUUCUUCCUCCUUCUUGAAUUAGGGUUUUCAGAUUUUCAUUUCACUCUCACUUCAUCAUCCUCGUCACCUGCAAUGUAUUUCCUUUGGAUCGCUAAUUGUUGAACAUAUCAUUGCAUUUCCACUCUCGUUCUGUUUCGCUAGCUCGAUAUCACAAGUGCUAAUUGAUUCGAGGUUGUGUUCACAUAGGAGUUGUUUGUGACAAUGCGACGGCAGGGGCACUAUGGGGAUCCAUCGGCCAACACUAGUGUUGGUAGCCAGAUGCAUCAUAUGGUGGCCGGUCCAAGGGGGGAGGCCAAGUCUGGCAAUUUUGAAGGACGGCUCGAAGCCUUUACUCCAGAAAAGGAAGAAUCCGUAUGCGAAUUCCACCCAGAGGGUCAUGUGGAAUGGGAAAUGGACGAAUCGAAGAUGUCCAAUUCAAUGGCAUCUCGGAUGUUUAGUGAAGGUCAAGGGGUUGAUGCUUCAAAGUCCUAUUUUCAAGGGCAGGGCCGGAACAACAAUGAUUCCAGAUCUCAGGCCCAUGAAGAAAAUAUGGAUGUUGGAUACGAAGGAAAUCAUUUAUCACAAACUUUUGAAGGUCUUGAGCAGAAUUUUCGUGAUGACAUUAUUAAACUCACUAAAGAACAGAAUGACGCUGAAGAUGCAGAAUAUGCCAGACACAGAGAGAAAAUUAAUGCAAUCAAUGCUCAGUAUGAAGAAAAACUGGCAGCACUUCGAGCUCAGCAUAGCAACCGAAGAGCUGAAUUUCUUCAAAGGGAAGCACAUGCUAGGCAACAACAGUACCAGCAACUCAUAAGGGAUCCUUACCCAAGCAGUGGCUUGGCACCCCGAGACCCUCAUGGUUUCAACAAUGCGAAUGCUCCAGGUGUAGGUGGAGAAGUGCAACGAGGUUAUUCUGCCGAUCAUUUUGAUCCUAACAGGGAGAGAGCUCGAUUUCUUGGAGGUGGUAGAGAUCAAGGAUUUGAACCUAGGGGUCCAUAUCCUGGUGGUCGUGUCUACGACACUGGUUCACGCUACUACAAUUGAGUUUUGACCCAAAGGUUUAUCUCUCAUUUUGGGUUUCUACUGCAGCCCAUGUAACCGUACACACCAUAGCCCUGCAUGAUCAGAACGUGGGAGAAGAAUGGUAGCGUUGGGGUGGACGCAAUCGGAGCUCAGGCAAGGAGCAUACGGCGGAAGACGAUGCCUCCAACCACUCGGUGGGCCUGGAUCGCGAACUUGUACAAGCCCAUCAGAUCGUGCUUCUUAAAGAGCUUCUUGCGAUUCCAAGAAGACUGUUGUUGCGCAUUGCAUCUGUUGGCACUGAUUGGUUGUAGAAGGAGAACAUCUUUUAAGCUUUUUCGAUGGUUUGUUGGCUUUAAAUUUUCAAGUUUACUGGUUAUGAUUUUUCUUGC